AAAAGAGAUUUGAUGAAAAGGAGCCAAUAAGCAAAGACAGGCGGUUACAAAGAGGGAGAGAGAUUGUGGAGUAGGAGUCAGUGAUUCUAAUAUAGGUAGAGAAAGGUGGUGAAAAGGAGAGACGAUCAAUCGCCAAGGUUUCUUCGCAGACAAGUAGAGAGAGAAAGCGAAAGAAAAAGAGAUCAAAGAAGAACUCCCAAAAAGACAAGUGAUGAAAGUGAGAAGAACAUUGAAGUGAAAGUGAAGAGGAAAGAAGAGAUUUUGAAGUGUUUUUUAAUGGCGAAUCACAGGAUCAGCGAUGCCACAAACCACCAUCAACUCCCAUACUCGCUUCUUCAUGGCCUCAGCAAUCCUCCUCCUGGAUUCAGUAAUCAAGAGGGAUCUACCACUUUUGAUUUUGGAGAGCUUGAAGAAGCAAUUGUUCUGCAAGGUGUUAAGUUCAGGAACGACGAAGCCAAGCCACCUUUAUUUGCAGGAGGGGAUUCGGGUAGAGGAGCAGCAGCUACGACUCUGGAGAUGUUCCCUUCGUGGCCAAUGAGAGCUCACCAAACUCCUCCUCGAGGAAAUUCGAAGUCGAGGGGAGAGAGCACAGAUUCAGGAUCGGCGAAUUUCUCCGGGAGUCAGCAGACGGAGUCUCCGAUGAGUUCGAAGAAGCCGUCUCAUGGGAUCUCGCCGGAACUUCGCCGGAAUAAUCUCAUGCUCAACAACAGUAAUAAUAACACGACGAACGUCAGCGAUGCCUCAAGAACUGGACUUGCUUCUACUUCUCAAACUCCAGCUCCUCCUCCAAGAACUGCCGAUGAUAAGAGGAAGGCUACAACUUCAGGCAAGCAGCUUGAUGCUAAGACAUUGAGACGUUUGGCUCAAAAUAGAGAAGCUGCUCGCAAAAGCCGUCUCCGAAAAAAGGCCUAUGUGCAACAGCUAGAAUCAAGUAGGAUCAAGCUAACACAGCUGGAGCAAGAACUUCAACGAGCUCGUUCUCAGGGGCUGUUAUUGGGUGGCGGCUGCGGUCCUGCCGGCCCAGGCAUCACUCCCGGAGCGGCGAUAUUUGACAUGGAGUACGGGAGGUGGUUGGAGGAGGAGAACAGGCACAUGUCGGAGAUAAGGACGGGAGUGCAGGCGCAUCUGUCGGACAGCGACCUGAGGGUGACAGUGGACGGGUACAUCGCUCACUUCGACGAGCUGUUCCGCCUGAAAGCGGCGGCGGCCAAGUCGGACGUGUUCCAUCUGGUGACGGGGACGUGGAUGUCCCCCGCGGAGCGCUGCUUCAUUUGGAUCGCCGGCUUCCGGCCGUCGGACCUGAUCAAGAUGGUGGUGGGGCAGAUGGAGCUGGUGACGGAGCAGCAGAUGAUGGGGAUAUACAGCCUGCAGCACUCGUCGCAGCAGGCGGAGGAGGCGCUGUCGCAGGGGCUCGAGCAGCUCCAGCACUCCCUCAUCGACCACAUCUCCUCCCUCCCUCUCCUCGACGACUUCCACCAGAUGGCCCUCGCCAUCGCCAAGCUCUCCAACCUCGAGGGCUUCGUCCGCCAGGCAGAUAACUUGAGGCAACAGACGAUACACCAGCUCCGGCGAAUCCUGACCGUCCGUCAAGCGGCCCGUUGCUUUCUGAUCAUCGGAGAAUAUUACGGCCGUCUUCGUGCCCUUAGCUCUCUUUGGUUGUCUCGUCCCCGAGAGGGGUUGAUAAGUGAUGAAGCAGCUUCCUGCCAAACGACGACGGAUUUGCAAAUGGUUCAGUCCUCACGGAACCACUUCUCCAACUUCUGAAGCGAACAAGAGAAAAGGGUUUUAGCUAAAUGACCAGUCUCGGGCUCUGAAUUACAUCCCUGCCACUGGAUUUCUUCAGUACAUGCGGUCUUCCUGAGGGGGAAAAAAAUAGGAUUUGUUUCCAUCUGUUUUUAUUUUAUAAUUUUAUGUUUUAAUAUUAAGGUAUCAUGUAAAUGGGAAUCGAUUUUACGCGCCCAUGGAAGGAAAUUAUUAUAUUUGCUAGAAUAUAUCAA